GGCUCUCUCUCCGGUAUGUCGAGGCCCUCUCGGUUACUUGGGCGGAAGCCAGAAUCUGGUGCUGGUAGGAACUACGAGCAAUCCGGCCGCCGGUCGCGCCGGUUGUCUGCAAGAUCAGCGCGACGUUACCCGUCUAUUACUCAACGCGCUGGGCGUAAUCAGUGAAUUUCAGCGUCCGGAUCGCGAUGCACCGAACAGCCCCAUGCGGUUUCUGACGAACUACGACGAAAAACUUCUGGACACAGUGCGAGCCGACGGAAUGUUCCAUAAAAAGACGGCAGCGGAAACUUUGGCUGUAUUCCCUGACACAUUCGAUAUACUGUCCGUUACGAUGGUGCAUCCAGAGCGGUAUGCUAAAUCCGCUCGUGACCCGGUUUUUCAGUUGGCCCCUUUUGGGAAAACUGUCGGCACAACGACUACGCUUAGCAAAGGAGACUGCGAAGUGCUGAGUUACAUGUAUCAUUGUAACAUUGCUUGCGAAGCAACAGAUAACGGAGCAGUUUACGGCGUACCCGGAUUUGACACGAAAACAGUUUCACAGAGUUAUUUCUGCUGGCCUAAUGCAACAGGAUCAGUGAGCGAAGCCGCUCCCAUUGGUGAAAUUCAGGCAAAUUACGCAGCGUGGCCGGAUAGGAUAGUAUACUAUGAAUUUACUCCCUCCAUUGACGUCUUAGCAACUCCGGUUAAUGGUACUCCGAAUACUGCCCAGCUGACGUUACGACAGCCCAUCCGGACCGGUUUCCAAACAAGGGCGCGUCUCACUGCAAGAGACAACAAUACGUUACUAGCGGCGGUUGACAUCACCAUCGACGUUAACUGUUGGCCACAAUUCCGGCUAGCGACCAACCCAAAACAACCACUCGAACAGUUCUGCGGUGUGCCGGGCAAAAUUGGUAGUCAAGCCAGCGUCUUCAACAAAGAAUGCCGGCGAACCGGCAUUUACAACGUGGAAGUGCCGUGUGUAUCUGCAACCGGCCCCAUUCGACCCUCUCGGAGAAUCAUUUCAAUCGAUUCGAUUUAUGACCCGGAUGGGACAGCGACAGAGUUUGUCGGGUUAGAUGUAAUCGCUGAAGGCGGGAAUGAAACCGAUGUAAGCGAGAAAUGGAAGUACGAACAAGUUACGCAAGCUGUAAUGGCUAAUGCGUUGGACCUUAAUCCGGAUAUCUACACUUUUCGAAUGCUAUUCAUCGAUCCAAACGCUACUUUCAGUUUUGGCAUUGAGUACCACAUAUGGUAUAUAUUCAAAGCGAAUGUUAGCUGCGUUACGGAUUCAGCUGAUAUAGAUACAAAUAACUGGGCGUGGACUGCGGUUUUUCUUGCCCUGAUCAUUCUGGGGAUUUUCAUCGUAAUGAUAAUAUUUGCUUGGACAAAGCGCGCAAAGACGAACAACAGGCUGAAAGGGAUUAAAUUAACGGUCAAGGAAAUACACAAGGAGCUGGGUCCAGAAUAUGACCAAUACCAUGUUAACGACGGUCACCUGAAGAUCGAGUCCACCGUACUGGGACAAGGAGCUUAUGGAUUAGUUCUCAAAGCAGUACUUCUUCAGCAGCGUCCAAUAAUAAACCAUCCUUCGGAAUCGACCAUUCGACCGUUGCAGUCAACGGAUGUGGCAGUGAAACGAGUGCUACUAGGUUCAAAAGACAACGAGCGGCAACUUAUUCAUGAGAUCAAAAUGCUGCAUAAGGCCAACACACAUCCCAAUGUGAUCACCCUGUUGAGAAUCACUACCGACAGAGAGUUGCGGCUAAUUACUCAGCUGUGUGCUCACGGAUCCUUAGAUAAAUAUUUACGCAAAAAACGAGAAAGGCUAACGGAUCAGACAGCACCCAUCGGCGCAAACAGAGAAUGGGAUCCUAUAGAAUUUUUAGGCUUUAGCAGACAGAUUUGUAGUGGGAUGCAGCAUCUGGCCCUGCGGAAUAUUAUUCACAGAGAUUUAGCGGCUCGAAAUAUUCUCCUCGCUGAGAAUAAGAAUCUGAAAAUCUCCGAUUUUGGGAUGGCAAGGGAUGGACCAGAGUUUAAAGAAACCAAACCGAUUCGUCUGCCGGUUAGAUGGAUGGCUUUGGAAUCACUUUUGUCGGCCAAAUUUAGCCUAGCUAGCGACGUAUGGUCUUUGGGGGUGGUUAUGUGGGAGAUCUUCACUUGGUGCGAAGUGCCGUACCAGUCGUUGCUUCCGAUGAAGACAAAUGUUCCUGAAUUGAUUUCGCAUCUACAAAAUGGCGAACGCUUGCCUCAACCCUCCAGUUGUCCAGAUCAAUUAUAUAACCUGAUGCUUGAAUGCUGGGAAACUGACCAUAAAAAAAGAUGUUCUGUCCAAAGCCUUGCAGAACGGCUAAUGGCACUUUCGGCUGCUGACAACGCGAUACACCGUUACGUUGUUGUGGAUACUUGAUACAUCGAAAGCGGGAAAGCACAGUCGUAUGAACAUGCACUGGACUACGUAAUUCGUUUGUGUCGCUGUUCUGUUUGGAAUUUCGAGUCUCAAACAAAAUAUCCCUUAAAGGCUUAAA